AUGAGUUUGAAUGAAUUAUUAUCACCUGGUGUGAUUGAGACAUUUAAUAGUAGUAACAACGGCAUCAGUGAUAGUGGCACCAAUACUCCUUCACUUUCAACCCAAUCAUCAAAAACUGAUUUAACAUCUUCAGUUAGCAGUAUAAGUAGCAAUAUCAGUACAAGCAGCAACAGAGUACAAGUAGUAAUAUUAGCACAAGUAAUUACAAGCAGUAAUAUUGGAAAAAAUGCUACUACCACUACCACCACCACUGUUAGUCAUAAUAAAACGCCAUCUACAUCAUCAGCAUCCUCAAUUUCUUCAGGUGCAGCAACUACAAUAAGUCCAAUUAAAAAAGUUUCACAUCAACAUACAAACUCUUUAUCAUCAAUACCACCAUCAAUAGUCGGUGGCAGUGGAAGUGCAGCAUCAUCUUCAACAAACAGUAACAGCAGUUCACCAAACCUUACAUCAUUAACACCCUCACCAGUUAGACCAUCUUUGAACCACACAGUUUCAGCAUCAACAUUAAUAUCCAAAUUUAAUCAGUUUGAAAAUAACAAUAAUCAAUCACCCUCAACUGCGAAUUGGAAAAGUGGAGUCGAAAAAAAUAAACAAACCCCUGUAAAAAAAUCGGUUUCUAUAUUUGAAAAGAAAUCAUAA